CCAAGCGCUGAGAUGCGUGGCUCCCCAUGGCUUGGCACAGCCAAACACAGGGUGCUGGGUGGGGUGGGUGAGGGCUGCUCCUGCCUACAGCCCACACCCCACAGCCCUCUCUCCCCACGCCCCACACCCUCUGUUUGGCAGCACACCGCUGUUAAUGUUUAACCCGUGGUGCCAAUCGGCGGCAGGUAGCGGCCGCAGCGCUCCUGGGGGGCCACGUCCUGCCAUGCAGCAGGCAGGUAAUGCUGGGGACAGCAGCAGCUGGGCGGGGUGGGGGUCCCGAGUGUUAACAGGACGGGGAUGGAGCUGUAGCAGCUGGCAGCUGGGCUGUGUGCACCCUGCAGAGGAAACUGAGGCACGAGGGCUGGGAUUGGGAUCCUUGCUGGGGGCUCAUCCUGGUUCCCCAGUCCAGCAGCACGGCCACCUCCGGGGGGUCCCAUCGCCGUAGCCCCCUCUGGAAGACGAUGGCUGAGCCCACCCCCCCCAGCAAUGAGAAGGGACCGUGGGACGAUGCUGCUGGGCAGGAUGCGUUCUGGCAGAGCUUUGCCCACGUGAAGUCGUGGCCAGGACUGCUGCGGGUGCUGGGGGGGCUGCAGCUGCUGUGUGGGGGGAUGGCCUUCAUCUGCGUGUGCGCUGACAUCCCGCGGGGCCACAGCGCUUACAGCAGCGAGCUGCUCCUCGGGGGGGGCCUGGGGGUCUCUCUGACCCCCUUCGUGCUGGCGGUGCUCGGCCUGGCCUGGCUGCUCACCGCCCUCCUGCUGGGGCUGGGGGUCACCGCCCGCCACCACCGCGUCCUCCUGGGGGUCACCUGGUGGCCCCCCAUGGAAGCGGGGCUCCACGUGCUGCUCUUCCUGCUCUGCCUGGCGGCGGCGGGGGCUCACAUUCACACCGUCACUCUGGGUGGGCUCUGCUCCUCCCCGCUGCUUGGCAGCCCCCUCCUCACCCAGCUCUGUCUUGUGGAGGGGGGUCAGGCAGCCGCGCUGCUCUUCCUCUUCCUCACGGCGCUGCUCUACCUGGCCGGCAGCGCCGUGGCUCUCAAAGUGUGGCACGAGGUGGCCCGGUGGCACCGGGGGGCUGCGGUGAUUCCCUGUAGCCCUGAGGACAGCCUGCAGCCUGCGGGGGCCUCGUGUCCCCCAGUUUGCGUCCUGAAGCCUCUGCUGGUCCCAGCCAAGCGUGUCGUCUUCGAGGAUGAGGUGGGGACGGCGAGGAGACCCCCACGGAGGGCUGGGGUCACCACCACCGAAGAUGGCGAGCAGCGGGGGGGGUCGGGCUCAGUGCCCCCCGGGCUCGUGCCACAGCCACGCAUCAUCCCUGAUUACGUGGUGCGGUACCCAGCAAUCCGGAGCGCACGGCAGCGGCAGCAGUACGGAGCUGUGUUUGCAGAUCAGCACGCAGAGUACCGGGAGCUGCAGGGGGAACUGAAAGCAGAGCAGUGCGGGGAUGCUGUGUGCCACCUGCAGCGACCUGUGGGCACGGUGGGGGUCUGGGUUGGAUUUUGCAUUUGGACCAGCACGCUUGGGGCCCUCCCUGGUGCUGCAUGGCUGUGGGCGGCUGUGGGAUCCCGGUGCUGUGCGUGGGGGCUCUCAGGGCUCAGUGUGUCCCACUGCCAGGAUUUGGCCUUCGUGGCAAAGCGGCAGCGCUGCCUUUACCUGAAGGAGAAGCUGACACACAUUAAGGCACAGAUCCACGAAUACGACCGCAGCAGCACCGCCCGCUUCUGAGCGGGGAAGGAUGGAUGGGGACCCCCCACCCCCCCCGCCCCAAAUCCCUGGGGACACCGUGGGGCUCAGUGCUGGGGUGAUGCCACUAUGGGCACCCACUGCCCGCCUGCUGCAUUGCGACCACCCGGGCAAAGGGAGCAAAUGUGGGGCUUCUGGGGGUCUCUGGUGGCUCUGCAGCCCCGGGACUCAGC